CUUUACUUCUAAAGGAACUAAACAAAGACCGUUAGUGGUUGAAUGCUGCGUUCACAGACACGACGCAAUUGAAAUGAAAAGACACAAAAAAGUGUUUUCCUAAGACGACUAAUUAAGGAUGCACUGGUUAUUGUUCCAAAAUAUAGGCCUGCUGGUUUGUUUCCACAGCUUCAUAUCAGCCUUUACACUGGAAACUAGAAAUCUUAUAUUCGAUGCAUACUAUGAGUAUGUGCCUGAUCGCCUGAAAUGGAAAGAUGCAAAGGAACUGUGUAACCAGCGCUCUGGGGCCUUAGCCACUGUCUCCAGCUCAGUAGAGAUACAAGAGCUCACCAACUUUUUAUCAUCCUUGAACAUCUCUCAUCCUGUGUGGAUUGCCAGGAAAGUCAAGACACAUCCAACAAGUUCCUCUGAGACCCUGAUCCUGGAGUUCAGUGGGCGCUCGGACAGCAAGCAUGCCCGUCUCCUGCACAAGUUCCCCUCCAUGGACUUAGUGACUGUUUGCACCCGUCUUUGCUUUGAUCCAAAUAGCUUUGGAAUUUCCACAAUUUUUUCUUAUUCCAUCCCGUCAUAUAUAAAUGAGUUCCAGCUCCGCGCUAACCUGAUCCAGGGCGAGCCUGUGAAGCUGGCUCUGCUGGUUCAUGGCAUUCAUGGACCAUACCAAGAAGCCUUCAAGCACGAUGACUCCUGGCACUCGGUGUGCGUUUCUUGGAGCCAGAUUGGUGGUAGCUGGGCUAUAUUCAUUGAUGGCCGGGCGGACUUUAGUGGAAAUGACCUAAAUUCUGACAAGAUUGGCCCUGAUGGACUUUUCAUUCUGGGACAGGAGCAGGACACCUUUGGAGGUUCAUUUAAGAAGGAUGAGUCAUUCUCAGGGAGCAUUACAGAGCUGCACAUAUGGAAUCGGGUGCUGAGCAGCAGCGAAAUCGACACUAUGGAAAAACAGUGUUCACCCAUUUCCUCUGGGCUGGUGUUCAAGUGGAAUGGAGCAGCCAUGGAAAUAGCGACCUCCCUUACCAAGCUGCGGAGAGACGUCCCAUGUCAAAUCCCAGGAAACUUUACAGUGACGGACAUUUUGUUCUUGGAUUCCCUCAAAGGCGGAAAUGCUUUGCAGAAUCAAACAUUCAACGUUGAGUUGUUCCAAAGUAUGGAGCUUGAUGAGGAUUGUGAUGUCUUUAACCCUUCCAGUAUGAGCUCGGGCCGAGCCAAGUGUAAAGCGCCCAACAAUGCCGUCUGCCACCAUAAGAAAGAAGUGCUGGCUGUUAUCAGUGUACCAAAGACCCAACUAUUCAGUAGAUUGAACAAAGAUCUUCUCAUCAAACCUGUGAUGGAGGAAAUCAUGGUGAGUGGUAACAGCUCCUGGGACAGAGACCUGGCCCUGCUGCAGCAGCUUACCCAGGCUGUUCUGCAAGAGGUGGAGGAAGGAGGCUCUCACCUCCUCACCUCCAGUGAUGUCCUUUACCUCACCCAGAUGAUUGAGAAGGACCUGACUGCACUGGCUGGUUCUCACUCUGCUGGAUCUGAUGCAGCAGAAGUCAUGGUGUCCAUCGCUACCAACUACCUUAAGGUGGCCAGUUCGAUGCUGGAGCCCGGCAUGGCUACACAGUGGAUGGGCUUCACAGAGGACGGGGUCAGCGUGGGACCAUUUACUAUUGUGCAGAGCAUUGACAGUCUCACUGAAACUCUUGCAAAAAGUCUAUCUGCUGAGAAAAGAGGCUUCACUCUUUCUACCAAGAACAUAGAUGUUUGCCUGACCUGGCAAAAGCUGACUGAAGAGAGCCUUAGUCAAGUCUUCAAGCCAUCUGCAGUCGGCUCUCACACAGCUGGCAGCAGUAGUCAGGAUGAGUUGCUUAUUCCUGACACUGAGCUCCACAGGAUACAUGCUCUGGGAUAUGAGGAAGUGAUGUUUAUUCAUACCCACUACCGCCAUUUGAGUGAGAUUGUGUCUGACACACAGGAGCCAUCACAGAGUCACCAGGAGAAAGUAAAAAGAAUUCUCCCCGGUCACCUGGCUUCUGUUGUCAUAUCAGCCACGGUGCGCGAUGCCUCCAAAGGCCAAACCAUCCCUGUGGCCGUCAAUUACACCCUUUCCUCAUCACAUGUGGUGGAGUAUUCACUGAGAGUUAGUCCCGUUUGUGCCUUUUGGAAUUUCAGCUUGAUGCAUAAUCAAACCAGUAGCUGGUCCAGUGAUGGUUGCAUGGUCACCUUUGCUGGCUCCGGGGUUACUUCCUGUCUCUGUAACCACACCACCAACUUUGCAGUGCUGAUGAAUUACUUGGAGUCCAAGUGGAGUCCUGAGGAAGAGCUUAUUUUGACCAAGCUGACGUUCAUCGGCGCGGGUGCAUCUCUGUGUGCACUGCUGGUCACCUUGAUGCUGUUCACUGUGCUGGAUAUCCCCAAAUCUGACAGGACGUCCAUCCAUAAGAACCUGUUCAUUGCUCUGAUCUGCGCCCAGGUCAUCCUGCUCUGCAGCGGCUCUGCCAUCCACAACAAGGUGGCAUGUACACUUGUAGCAGCACUGCUCCAUCUCUUCUUCAUGGCAGCCUUUAGCUGGAUGCUGGUGGAGGGACUGCUGCUCUGGAGCAAGGUGGUCGCGGUCAACCUAAGCGAGGAGCGACACAUGAAGUAUUACUAUCUCAUCGGCUGGGGUCUGCCGGUGCUGAUAGUCACCAUCACGCUUGCAUCAGCCUCAGGCAAAUACUCAGCCGACGGCUACUGUUGGCUCAGUGUCCAGAAUGGCGUUAUAUGGGGCUUUGCUGGACCUGUCAUCUUCAUCAUCAUGGUGAAUAUCUUGGUGCUGACCCGGGUGGUGGUCAUCACCAUCUCCACAGCCAAGAGAAGGUCCAUCAUGUUGGCCAUGGGCACCAGUCCUGUGGAACAAGCCUAUGAGCAAAUCAGGGCUGCAGUGAAAGCCAUAUUGGUGUUGCUGCCUAUCCUCGGAUUGACAUGGCUGUGUGGUGUCUUGGUGCCUUUCUCCAUUGUUAUGGCCUACAUCUUCAUCCUUCUAAACUCCCUGCAGGGCCUGUUCAUCUUCCUGAUAUAUGGGGUGUACAACACAGAGGUUCGGAGCACGGUCAACAGGAUCAAGGAGAGGAGAAAGGCGCUUAAUUUUUCAAACUGCGCCAGUUCCCGACCAUCCAGCUCAGUUACCAGCUCUCGUCCUGUCAGUUUCCCGCUAGGAACAACCCUAAGCCAAGAGGAGGAGGCCACCCCUACCCACACUAGCAGCAACACCCCCAGCCCGGGGAAGGAGGAAGGACAGGGACCAGAGGAAUUUUGA